AUCGCCGAUAAGAUAGCAAAUGACUCCGCACUUCUCCAGACGUCGCCAUUGACUCCUCCAUCACACUUGAACACACCACACAUACACAGUCACAAUGUCAAAGGGACGCGUUUGCCUAGCAUACUCUGGCGGCCUCGACACCUCCACCAUCCUCAAGUGGCUCAUUGAGGAAGGAUAUGAGGUCGUGUGCUUCCUCGCCAACGUUGGCCAGGACGAGCCAUGGGACGAGGUGGAGAAGAAGGCGCUCAAGAUCGGUGCUCUGAAGAUGGUCAUUCUUGACCUGCAGAAGGAGUUUGUCGAGGAGCUUUGCUUCCGUGCGGUUCAGUGCAAUGCUUCGUACGAGGGCCGCUACCUCCUCGGAACUUCACUGGCCCGCCCAGUCAUUGCCCGCGCUCAGAUCCGCGUUGCACAACAAGAAGGCUGUGGCUUCGUCUCCCACGGCUGCACAGGCAAGGGAAACGACCAGGUUCGCUUCGAGCUCGCUUUCUACACACUUCAGCCCUCGAUCAAGGUCAUUGCGCCAUGGAGGAUGCCCGAGUUUUGCGAUCGCUUCAAGGGCAGGCAGGACCUGCUCGACUAUGCUGAGAAGCAUGGCAUUCCCGUUACCUCUACCAAGGCGAAGCCAUGGAGCAUGGACGCCAACCUUGCACACUGCAGUUAUGAAGCUGGUAUCCUCGAGGACCCAGACGUCUCUCCCCCAGACGACAUGUGGACCAUGACCGACUCGCCUCUCAAUGCGCCCAACGAGCCCACUGACAUUACCGUCUAUUUCGAGAAGGGUAUCCCCGUCAAGGUCGCGACUCCCGACAAGACCUACACCGACUCUGUCGAGCUCUUUGUUGCGCUCAACAAGCUCGGCUUUACCCACGGUAUUGGCCGCAUCGACAUUGUCGAAAACCGAUUCAUCGGUCUCAAGUCGCGUGGCUGCUACGACUCGCCAGCCAUGACCAUCCUCCGCCUCGCCCAUCUGGACCUCGAGGGUCUUGUCAUGGAUGCACAGGUCCGUAACCUUCGCGACCAGUUUGUCACCCACAACUGGAGCUACCAGCUGUACAACGGCAUGUACUUCUCGCCUGAGCGUGAGUUCAUCGAGAACAGCUUGCUCUUCUCCCAGCGCAGGGUCAACGGCGAGGUCAGGAUGAAGCUGUACAAGGGCAACGCGUACGUGCUCGGUCGUUCCAGCAAGACAGAGAAGCUUUACUCCGAGGAAGAGGCAUCCAUGGACACCCUGGACAACUUCAGCCCAAUGGACACUACUGGCUUCAUUGCCAUCCAGAGCAUUCGUCUGAAGAAGUAUGGUCUCCAGAAGGCUGAGGAAGGCGAGAACAUGUCCCGUGCAUAAAAAGCUUGCCAUGGCAACAGAGUUCGUAGAGGCACUGAAAAACGAGCCGUCGCCAGUUGAGUGCAAUGACGAGGCACACGAAAAUGAAUGAAUUAAUAUACAACUAGUAGCAAGCAAUCCAUGCGAAAGUUUCUGUA